UAACUUUCUAAUCUUGCGUUGGACGGCAAGGACGGUCUGUCACGGAUAACGAAGAAAAUCACCCACUAAGACCUAGAAAGUCUAACUCCCAAGUCAGUUUAAACUAGUUAACUACAGAGUCUGACUCUGAAUGCCAGUCACCUAUCAUCAGGUUAAUCCUGUGAUACCUAUGCAGGAGGCACAAUGUUUUCUGCAGCUCUGCUUUCAUCAACAAGACUUUGCAAUCCAGUGACGAAGGUCUGGACUUGCCAUAUAUGGAGGCAUAGUUUAACAUGGGCUCCCAACACUUCAGGAUUCAGCACAACAUGCCUCAGAGUACCUAUGACGGCUAGACUAAACAGUUUAGCUCUGAGGAAUCACAGACUUCCAUGGGAUCGGGAUGAUGUUGGUAGAAUGUUUCUUCCAUGCUUGAGAUCAUGCAGUCGGUACUCUAAGACCGAGGUCACGAAGGACAUACUGCUCUACAAGAGCGACAAGACCGCUUUCUUUAGGAUGCUGGGAGCCUUUGCAUGUGCGCAGGUGUUCUUCUGGAGUUACCUGACUCACACAGCGUUCCUAACCAUGAAGGACACUGAUACCUAUGUGAAGGUGAAAUAUGGAGAAGAAGGUCCUCCAAAAGAAGUGAAGAACUGGAAAUCAUGGUCAGGAAUAAGGGUGCAACUAAGCACUAGAAUUUGGCGGUACACUAUCACUGGACUCAGCCUCGGUGCAGGUUCUAUCAUCUUCAUAGCAUCCCUGGUAUACUCGAGGAGAUCUAUCUACCGUAUCGUCCUGAGGAAGGGUGGUGAGAGCGUCACCAUCCAGACCUAUGGUCUCUUUGGCUUACCCUGGAGGUUCACUACAUCAAUCAACAAUACCUCCUGUGAACAUGCUAGAGAUGGAAUCCGUACCCAGCUGCCCAUCAAGGUCAAAGGUCACCGGCUCUUCUACAUCCUGGACAAGGAGGGAAAGUUUUACAAUGCAAGACUGUUUGAUUAUAGCAUAGGUAUGCACAGGAUGUUCUGAAGUCAUCACCAAUCCUUGGAUGCAUUGAUAAGCUUCAAGAUUGUAGAAUGGCACAGGAUGUUUUUAAGUGAUCCUCUAAUCUUGAAUGAACUGAGCAGCGACUGGAUUGUGCUUAACAGUAUAGGUCCACCCUGCAAAGCUGUCAAUAAAGCAUUUUGCAAACUGAUGAAACAAAUUUAAGGUAUACACAGACUGUUCGAAAGUGAUCGUAAAUCCUUCAGUAGACUUGCUUGUGACGAGAUUGUUUGAAGACAGUACAGGAAAGUGCAGAGUGUUCUCAAAUGAGAGCCAUGUUUUGGGUGGACUCAAGAAAAUAUGAUAAUCAAGAACUAGCCUUAGGUGCCAGCUUUUUUAAACCAUAUAUUGCUGUCCGCAUUGUUACAAACCAAUGGUGUGUAUCAUCAGGACGUGUGCGUCAUUGCUCUGUUAAUGUGAUGUUUUGCUUUCUGGAUUUCCCCCUAAUAAAAAUUUAACAUUGUGACAAGGAUUUUGUCUUCUUCCAAUUUAAUGAUGAUGAGUAAAAUCCCAGCAGAAGAAAUAAUGGCCUUCAGCUCAGCUUACAUGAUAAAAGGGGAUAAUCAGUGUUUUACAUGCAGUACACAUGUGAUGAUAUUUUCUAUGUGUUUUUAAAAGACAACACUGUGUUACAGCUGUAUCUUAGGGAAAUUUGGUGUAUUACUAAACAGUUCUCCAUUUAAAAAAUUUAAUAUUGUGACAAAGAUUUUGAAGUAAUGACAAGUUUGGAAAAUAUUCCUGCGUAGGAAACAAAAUCAUUGCCUUCAGCUCAGCUUAAAAGAUAAUGGAAGAUACAUUUUUUACAUCUAUAUAUUAUAUAUGUGAUGAUAUUUUCUAUGUGUCUUGAAAAGACAGCAAUUGCAACACCUGUAAUGUUGCUAGAGGAAUCCAAUGUUAUUAUUUGAGAGUCACUAGCAGUGUUAGAAAUUGAUAUCAAUAUACCUACAUUUUCAAAAGAUUUUUUUUUUAAAUAGUAAUUUGAUUGUGUUUGCCAUGCACAUGUGAGAAGCAUUGAAUAUAUGCAGCAGUAAUGCAUGAUACCUUAUAAAAUGAUAAUGAAUUGUUGAGGAAUUACCAAUAAAAAUCCUACUUCUGAAAAGAAGCAUUUGAGACAGUAAAUAGUUAUUUCCAUCUUAUGAAUUAGAUUGAAAAAGCAAAUUUACAUAUAAUAUGUCAACAUAAUAUACACCAGAACUCAGACACCUUUUAAACAAAUGUUAAUUAUGGCACAUGGGAAUUGAAUUGCCUUUCUGAUCAAGCAAGUUCAUUCUUUUUAAAUAUGAAAAGGGAUUAUUUUCAACGUGUUUACAAUUGAUACUGUCAUGUCUUUAGAAUGUGAAUACUGCCAUCUGUGUUCAAAUUCAGCCAUUGUGAGGCAGAUACAUGAGAAAUCUUGUAUUACAGCAGUAAUCUUAUUUUGAUCAUGCAUAGACUAAGGAUGUUGGGGUAUUUUCAGCUAAUUUUCAUGAUUGAAGUUCAUUUAUAAUUAAUUAAUGGUAGAAAUAAGAUUAAUGACAUUGUAAAAAGAGAGAUUUUUUUUUUUUUAAAUCUUGCCUAUCUGGUCACACCAAUUCAUCGGAGAUUGGUCCAGAAUCAAAAGAAAAGAAGAAACCUCUUUGAAAAAGAUGCACUAGACCUUGGCCAAUACUGUGGAUUGAAUAUAUGAAUGGAAUGAAUGAUAA